AUGAACAAUCCUCUCCGUGGUGCUGGUGGCAGUCAGGGCAACUUUCUGGAGGCACAGAGCAUGUCAACGAAUGCUGUCGGUUCUACAGCUCCCAGCACAUCUGGUGUGACCUCUACUGCAUCUGAUAGGGGCCUGCUGGGGGCUUACGACCUUGCAGACUGGCUCAAGCAGUGGCAGGCAAAGAACGAGCCAGGAGCAGAGGACCAGAGAUCGCGGCACAAGCACUGGACUCCUGACAGAGGCACAGGAUACUAUGAGGUGGAGCGGGCUAGGAAGAAGGUGCCUAGCCUGGUGUCGACUGGCAGAGUGGAUCCCACCUGCACCUACAAUGCGCCAAACUAUGCCUCUUCCUACAUUGUGUCCCUGGCCACCCAGCAGACAAUCGGCUAUGGCAACAUGGGCCCCAACGACUGCUGGUGGAUAGCGCUGCUGAUCACGGUGCAGAGCAUGGUGGGGUUACUAAUGGACUCAGUCAUCAUCGGCAUUAUUUUCGCGCGCAUCAGCCACCCCAAGUACCGCGGCCGCACGAUUGCGAUAUCGGAUUCUGCCGUCAUCUCACGCCGGGACGGCGUUCUGAAGUUCAUGUUCCGCGUCGCCGAUUUCAGGAGAACUCAGGUUGUGGAGCCAAAAGUGAAGGCAUACCUGUACACGUGGGGUGAGGGACGCACUACAGCAGAGGGCGAGCACAUCCCUGUCAGGGUGGAAUCCCUGGAGAUUGGCUACAUCGACGGCAUGCUGUUGCUGCCGCUGAUAAUUGAGCACACAAUCGACGAGCGCUCCCCCCUCAUCGGCCACACCUUCGACACACUCAUGAUGGUGAAUGCGGAGAUCAUUGUGACGUUUGAGGGCACGACAGAAUUUGGCAAUCCCUUCAUGGCGCGGCAGUCAUACCUUCCCACCGAAAUCCACUGGGGCCACCAGUUUGUGUCCAUCAUCGGCCCGCCGCCCCCUGGGCAGACCCACUACAAGGUCGACAUCUCCAGGCUGCACGACGUGGAGCCCCUGGAGGGUUUGGAGAUGCUCCCCCCGGCGCAGCUGUCGCGGCUGGUGGCGGCCAAGGCGCUGCGCACGGUCCCCUACCCGCUGCUGGGCGAGAACACACUCGUCAUCUCAGACUCCGUCAUCCUGGCACCGGACGACACCGGCCAGCUGGCGCUCAUGGUCAGGAUUGGAGACACGUACCCCAACCAGCAUUUGGAAGUGAUCGUGCGCAUGUAUCUGUACCGCUGGCGGCCCGACAGGAAGCCAGGCAGCUCUGGCUACCCCUCGGACUAUGACCAGCAGAUGCUGGAGGUGGGCUAUGAGGACGGCAGGGAACGCCUGCUGCUGUGGCUGCCAGUCAUCUGCAAACACGUCAUCACUGACUCAUCCCCGCUCGCCACCUGGCUCAAGCCCUCGGGCGUCAUGGCCGAUGCUGAUUCCUGCAUCGUCGUUGUGGUGGAGGGGUACAUGUACAGCGGGAGCCAGAACCGCAUGCGCAUGCGCAUCUUCAAUGUCCUCGACGAUGUCAAGCGCGACCACGGAUUCGCACCCGUAGUCACCCGCCCCGCCGACUCGCCGGACUUCAAGCCGCGUGUGAACUGGUCGCGCUUCCACGAGACCAUGGCGCUGUCUGACAUGGAGAACGACCCCUAUGCUCUGUCGCCCGGCGCCAUGCGCAACCAGAAGCUCAGCCUAACCCACUCUGAUGGCGUCAACGGCCCAGCCGACAUCACAGAGAUGACGAUGCGGCGCAUGAUAGAGGCUGCGGAGCUGAAGAACCAGCGCACGGUCGCGCCGGAGGCUCACAUGAUGCACCUGACGCCCGACACCGAUCCGGCGUCCACCUUCCGACUGCGUUCCCUCACGCAGCGCCGCCGCCUCGACGACGUCCAGUUCUCCUCCCUCUCGCCCGAGUCCUCCCUGCAGAACCCGGGGUCCUCCACUGCCACCGCGCGAGGGCCGUCCCGGCACCGGAUGGGCAGCGGUCUCUCGCGUAUCGUCUCGGGGGUGCCCAUGGGGGGCUCGGUCAGCAACGUCUAG